UCCCCGCCUCGGCACCUCGUCGUAGCAGGCAGCUUUCGAUCCAAUUGACGGCUCCACCGCUCCACUCCUCCCGUCUCCCGACGUCGAAUCCCCUCCGGACACCGAGCAUACUCUGCUCCUUUGCAAGAAGAAGCGCCUCCGGAAGGAAUUCUUCCAGUAUUGGAGCCAUCGCCGUCCUUCUCUCUGCUGGAUCGGCAUCGAGCGGAGAUCCAAUUGCACUCACAUCAGGACAAGCAAUGUCAGGAGUGGUUACAAAGUUUGCUGUUACAUCCAUGUUGAUGUGGAUGGCCCCGGUUGCGAUCAUGUAUGGGUUCUACUACCAAGUGUUUCCAGGUGUGAGCCAGAUGUCAUCCUCUGCUCAGACACUUGCCAGUGGGUUCCUUGCCGUUAUAUCAGUUAAUCUGGUGAUCGGAUAUUACAUUUGCAUGGCAAUGAAGGAGACUCCACACCAGGAACCACAGCCGGAUCACACCUUUCUGGCGAACGCCAAAGCAAGUAUCAACCAGCCAGUAUCUUCUCAAAUGAGUGAUGAUUCCAAGGGGAAGGGGAAGGUUGAGUAAGCUAUGGCUCGUGUUGACUUGGGUAUUGUGUAUGUUAAGCACAUCUUUUUUUCAGGAGGGAUAGCUGUGCUGUGCCAUCACACAACGCCUCUGUUUUUGACCCAUCUAUAGCAACCAGUAGAGACAGAGUGAAUUGUCAUCGUACAAUGCCUGUCUCUUAGCAUGUAAUCUCGUGAAGAUUGGAUUUGGAUAGAUAGAAUAGAGUUCCAGGGCAAAACGUGCCCCUGUUUGUUUUGCAUUGCACUAGCCACCAUUUCAUUUACAUCUAGUUUCAAGUA